AAUAAAACUGAGUGGUGUGUCUUAUGUACACAAUUGCAUCUACGGCACUAGAAGGAAGACGCAGACAUCGGCAGUGUUGUUAAGCGAAAGCAGUUUGUCUGAUAUAGAACUCCUAAAGUUGAAUCAAGCUACAAGUGAAAAUGACGUUUCAGUGUUACAUUCCGCCACCUGACUACCCGUAUGACAACAAUAUUAGUGUUAUCAUUCCUUCCCGGGUUCGCUUUCCUUCCCAAGGACAGUCGGGCAACAAUGGCACAGUCAACACCGUUAGCACUGGAGGGUAUGAUUCAAUCAGAUCACAUACGCCCUCAAGACCUGAUGCAAGUCAAUUUGCCCCUAGUUCAAAGGAUGGCAGUUCUAGCUACGAAUCGGUCGGAGGAAUGUCACUAGGCAGUGCGAAUCCAAUCUAUACAGAUGUGAACAAACCAAAUCAGUGUGUCCGGUCAAAUCGAAUGAUGAUUGCUGUGGUUUCAGCACUUGCUUUAAUCCUUCUCGCAGCUGCAGGCUCUACGCUGGGUGUCAUGGUAUUUACAGAGGUUAAUCCAACUGACGGUGCACAAGAAGGUGAUCCGCCAGUAGAUGGAAUCUGGAAUGACUGGCAGACAUGGGGUGACUGUUCUGCUUCAUGCGGUAACGGUGUCAUGACCCGCAACAGAACCUGUGAAAAACCUCCUCCUUCAUUUGGUGGAAACAACUGCGAAGGCCCGCCUUCAGAAAACCAGAGUUGCAAGCUCACUAACUGCUCUGUGAACGGGAAUUGGAGUGUAUGGUUGACAUGGGGUUCCUGUUCCGCAUCUUGUGACAAUGGUACUAAGACCCGCAACAGAACAUGUGAUAAUCCUGUUCCAGCGUAUGAUGGUGAGGAUUGUAACGGUAUUGAUAUGGAGAGUGAAGUGUGUAUAAAAAAACACUGUCCAACUAAUGGUAACUGGAGUUCCUGGCAGCCAUGGAAUGACUGUUCUAUAACUUGCGGUGGUGGUUUAAAGAAUCGAACAAGGAUUUGUGAUAAUCCUGCUCCUGAACACAACGGUCUGGACUGUGAUGGACAUGGCUUUGAAUCGUCUUCCUGUGGUGAAGUGACCUGUCCCCCACCUGGUGUCUGGGGUACCUGGACAGAGUGGACUGACUGUUCCGUGUCAUGUGGCGAGGGUGUGGCAAGCAGAACAAGAAUAUGUGACAACUCUGCUGGCGGUGAAUGUAUUGGGACUAGUUCAGAAACAAAGGUGUGCCAACACAGGUUCAAAUGUUACGACAGUUGGGGAGACUGGAGUGCGUGCAGCGUUACGUGUGGUAGAGGGAUACGGACUAGGAACAGGACAUGUGACGGCAAAUUUACCGGACAGGAAUGUGGAGUGAAUCAUCCGACGUUCACAGACACGCAGACUUGUGUAAACUCAAAGACCUGCCCAGAACCUUUUUGCGCAAAUAGAAAUGCGAGUUGUUCCUACAAUCAUCCAAACAGGUGUGACCUAUACAUCACGUGCGAUGAAAACAAGGUCAUGCACGAGCGUAUGUGCAACGUGUUGCUGAGGUACAAGGUCAGGGUCGACGAUGAAUGUGAAGGAGACUGUGACUGGGAGUUCAAUGUUCCAUGUUCUUUGUGAAUUACUUCUCAGCGUGAAUAUUCGUGAAUAUGUUACAGUGAACGGAGUGGUAAUAUUGUUGAAAUGACUAUUCAUUGUGAUAUUAUAUUGUUUUCCCUGUAAAUUGUGUUUCUGGCUAUAUUAUCUAUAACAUGACGCAUUUGCAAUACAUAUAAGGAGGACAAUAUUGAAGAGCAAUAAUACGAAACGUGUUUUUGGUGUAUGAAAACAAUGAUGAUUAUUUUAAUAGUAUAAACAUAUACUGAGGACUAUGUUGAAGGACUACUUUCUCAAAUAUUUUGUGAAAAAUAUACAAAAGGAGUAUUGUUUCAAAUUGUUCUAUUGGUUUCAAUUUUAAGUGUGACAGAGCUCAUUUUUCACCAGUGAUUAAUAAAAGAUUAUUAAAGUGGCAUAAAACAUUCAACAUUAUAGUAGAUGCUCAAUUUGGUUUAAAACCUGUUUUUUCGACGAUAGAUGCUAUUUGUUUGUGCUCCAGACAAUAAUUAAUAAAACGCUGAAACAGAAGAAAGAUUAUAUUGCUGCUUCAUUGAUUACAAAAAACCCUUUUGAUUUGAUUGAAAGAAGUUGUUUAUGGUCAAACUGUUUAAACAGGGAAUGGAUGGGAAAAUGUUGAAAAUUAUACAAUCUUUGUAUGAAAAUGUUAAAUCUUGUAUCAAAUAUGAUGGAAUUUUGUCAGAAUACUACCAAAACAAGAUUGGAUUAUAUCAAGGAGAAAUUUGUCACCGAUAUUGUAUAGUCUAUUUGAAAAUGACUGUGAAAUGUGUUUUAUUAGAGAUUAUUGUCGAUCACUAGAAAUAGGUUUGAUCAACAUGUAUUUAAUAAUGUAUGCAGAUGAAACGGUUUUGAUUGCGGAGUUAUCGCAGUCUCUUCAAAGUAUGUUAGAUGUUUUUUGUUAUUAUACAAAAAUGAUAUGUUUCGCUAACUAAAGUAGAAAAACGUAUUUUGCAAUGAAAAGUAAAAUUAAAAGUCAAUGUUUUAAUACAAAGACACCAUGCUCUGUAUUUGAUACAUAUAAAACCAGUGUUUGAGAAUAUGCAAGUGACAUAUGGGGUCAUCAUAAAGCUCCAGAAGUCGAAAAAGUACACACAAAUUUUUGUAAGAAACUACUUUGAGUCAAGAAAUGUACAGGAAAUGAUUUUGUGUAUUUUGAAUAAAGACGGUUCCCUUUAUAUAUGAAAGAAAAAUGAAUAUUUUGAAGUAUUGGUUGAAGUUGAAAAUUACAAAAGAAUGUGUCUUAAAUGCCUGCUUAGAACAAAGAAUUCAGUCGAAUGAUGAGUUGAUAAUUAAUAUCUAAACUAAAUUAGAAAAAUAAGGUUUAGCGUAUUUAUGGUAUGGUAGUGAGGUGGGAAAUUGUAAUAGAGUAUAGAUAUAAUGCCUUUUAUGCAUGAAUUGUUAUUCAAAAUUAGUAUCACGUGGUUACUUAUAUCAAUAUUUAGUUUAUUUUGUUUUGUUUACAGUAUUAUUUAUGUAAACCUAUUGAUUCAGAGUACAGAAAAAGUUAAUCAAGUAUUAGACUAUCAUCGCAAGAUCUUAACAUAGAAGACUGCAUUUAAGACGAAACUGAAGAUGAAUUUUCAUUUUUUACUUAACUGUCCAUUUUAUACAUAUUUACGUCAAAAAUAUGUUAAGAAAUAUUAUCAUCAAAUACCUUAUGUAUUCAAGUUAGUUCAGCUAUUGAGUGUAUACAAUGUUUAAGAACUAAUAAACGGGAAAAUUUGUACAUUUGGCAUCCAAUAAAAGACAAAAAAUAAUUGAAGGGUUAAUUAUGAUAUUGUUUAAUUUUAGCAUGUAAACACUUCGUUAUGAUUCACUUUUUGUUUCUAUAUGUUGUACAUAUUUAUGUUGUAUUUGCAACUUAUGGGGCACAGGGCCUUAGAAAUAAAGAACAUUGAACAUUG